AUGAAGACCUAUAAGGCGGCGGUGAUAGGCUGCAGCAGGAUGGGCGCGUUCAUCGACAACGAGGUGGUGGGAGCGCCGGGCCACGUGCCGCCGUAUGCCCAUACGGCCGUCUUCUACGCAUGCCCGAGGACACACCUUGCGGCGUGCUCAGACAUCCGGCCCGAGGUGAUGGAGGAGGUCGGCAACCAGUUCGACAUCCCCAAGGAGCGGCAGUACACGGACUACAAGGAGCUGAUCGACAGGGAGCAGCCCGACAUCGUCAGCGUCGCCACCCAGCCGGAGCACCGGGCCGAGAUCGUGAUAUACGCCGUGGAGCACGGCGCAAAGGCGAUCUACGCGGAGAAGGCCCUGUCGGCGUCGAUGGCCGAGGCCGACGCCAUCCUGGAAGCGUGCGAGCGCAACGGCGCCGUGCUCAACCUGGGCACCCAGCGUCGAUGGCACCCCGGCUUCGUCAAGAUGCGGGAGGUGAUCGAGAGCGGCCGCAUCGGCGACCUGAAGACGGUCGUGUUCGGCGCGAGCAGCCUCUUCAACGGCGCAAGCCACCACUACGACAACCUGCUCUACCUCAACGGCGACGCGCGCGCGACCUGGGUCCAGAUGAGCCUCGUAGAGGGCAACUGGGAGAUCGACGGCGACAGGCUCACGGAAGACCCUGUGUCCCACGGGGUCAUCCAGUUCGAGAACGACGUCACGGCCUACGCGGUCCUCUCACCCCACGAGGUGGAAUGGGAGGCGUCGUGCGAAAGGGGUACGCUGACGGCGUGGGCCGGGUCCAAGUACAAGAUUCGUGAGGAGGGCCCGCCCGGAUACCGGGGUUCGUCCACGAUGGUGGCAGGCCGGUUCCCGCGUCACAGGCGAUACAGCUCCAACCUGAGCCUUGUGGAGGACCUCGUGAACUCCCUCGACACCGGCGAGCCGCCCCAGGGUGGGGCGAGGGCCGCCCACGCCGGCACGGAGCUCAUCUUUGCCAGCAUCGAGUCGCACCUCCGGGGCGGCGCGCGGGUCGAGCUGCCGCUGAAGGGCAACAACACACUCUUGAAGCUAUCGGCAACAAGGGCGAGGGCGCUCAGGGACCCCGGGCGCUACUCUGACGGCGACGGCCUGCAUCUGUUCAUACACAAGAACGGCCGCAAGAGCUGGGUGCAGCGGAUAACCGUUGACGGUCGACGGCGAGAUAUCGGCCUGGGCGGGUAUCCGACUGUAUCGCUUGGCGCAGGCGAGGAAGCGCGCAACGGACAAUCGCGAGGCGAUUAG